AUGCCUUGUCAAAACAAAAGAAAACAUCUUGCAAAUGAAUUACCUAGAAAAUGUGGCUGCUUUGCUUCUCGAACAAUUGUUAUAUAUAAAGAAACUGUUGAUAUAUACAGUGAAAUAAUGGAAAUAGAUGAAGAUGUUACAAUGCGAAAUAAGACUAGUUAUACAGAUACUAUAAUGCAAGAUGAUAUUUAUGAGGAAAAACAAGCUGGAUCAACUUCAUUUUCAAUAACACAUCAAUCAAAUAAUGUAUUAUCAUCAUUACUGCAAUUAUCUUCAAUUUCUGAAUCUGACUUAUUAUUACCAUUACCACAAUUAUUCCCAAUUUCUAUAUCUGACUUACUAUUAUCCAAUAAAACUAUAAAAUUACAAAUGUGUCUGGAUGAAAUUAAUCAUCAAUAUUUAAUUACAAAAUCCUUGAAUACACCUACAUAUGAUUAUCUACGUCUCUUAAGUAUAAGCAGAUAUAUAGAAUUAUUGUUAAAUGAUAAAGCAAGACACAUUAGAAAAUGGGAUGAUCAUUAUGUUCAAACUGGAAAACUUCUUGUUGAUCAUCAGGGAAAACAUACAAAAUUGAAGAGUUUGAUUAAAAAUAUAGAUUUUUCAGAUGCAUGUCAAGCUUGGUUACACCAACAAAAACCUGAGUCACGCUCUCCAGAGUAUGUGCAAGUUACACAUGACGAAUAUCAUUUUUAUACAAAUGAUGGAAAGAGAAAAGUUUGGAUUCAAAAAAAUGAAGAUCUUUUACGUUCAAAAUAUCCAGGGCGAUCAAUUAUGAUUUCAGCUUUUCUCUGCUCAUGUCAUGGAUUGUUGCAGCUAUCUGAUAAGCAAAUGAUAGCUAACCCUUAUAUAAAGUAUAAAGAAGCAUUUGUUCUUUGUUCUACACAGUUAGAUGGGUAUUGGAAAUCAGAACACAUGUUAAAACAGCUUAAAGAAUAUACAAUUCCAAUAUUUGAAGUACUUCAUCCUGGUUGUAUUGGUGUUUUUUGUUUUGACCAAUCAACCAAUCAUAAUGCUAUAGCUGAAAAAGCAUUGGUUGCAACAAAAAUGAAUCUUGGUCCAGGAAGAUUGCAACCUAAGAUGCGUAAUGGCUGGUAUUUUGAUGAAGAUGGAGAAAAACAAAUACAAUCAAU